AUGGAUCCUUUCGGUGAAAAUAAUUAUUUUCAAGAAAUGGCUAUCGAUUCUGUAAUGUGUAAUUCUCAGUGGUCGUUUAGACAUGUUAAUAACGAAUCACAAAAUCCAGUGAUUGAUAUUGAUAAAACUACUUUGCAGGACGUAAAACCAAGAGAAUGUGCAGAAAUUAAUUCGAAUAGAAAAGAGAGGAAAAGACAAAGAAGGCAAAGGACACAUUUUACAAGCAGACAAUUACAAGAAUUGGAAGCAACAUUUGCUAGAAAUCGUUAUCCAGAUAUGUCUACUAGAGAAGAAUUGGCUGUUUGGACUAAUUUAACUGAAGCAAGAGUUCGUAUCUGGUUCAAAAACAGAAGAGCAAAGUAUAGGAAGCGUGAAAAAGGAAACGAAUCUAAGAUACCCAUAAAUUGUUUUAAUCAAAAUAAUCAGCAAACAUACACUCCUUGGCAUUCUAAAAUUUCGACACCUUGGCCUAGUAUCGUGCCCGCUAGUCAAGCUGUGAAUUACUGCAACGUCAAUCAAUCGUCUUAUACUUACAGCAUCCCUAGUUCUUACACUUCAUCCUUUUCUCCGUGUCAAUUUGCAGCCGGAUAAACCGAAAAAUUAAUUG